AUGGCGACGGUGGCGGCCGAGGGGCCCCGGGCCCGGGGGCCUCCGGGGGAGGUGAUCCAUCUAAACGUGGGCGGAAAAAGGUUCAGCACCUCCCGCCAGACCCUCACGUGGAUCCCCGACUCCUUCUUCUCCAGCCUCCUGAGCGGCCGUAUCUCCACACUGAAGGAUGAGACCGGAGCUAUCUUCAUCGACAGAGACCCUACCGUGUUCGCCCCCAUCCUCAACUUCCUCCGCACCAAGGAGCUGGACCCCAGGGGGGUCAAGAGCUCCUUGCUGUUGCACGAGGCCCAGUUCUACGGAAUCACACCACUCGUGCGCCGGCUGCAGCUACGAGAGGAACUGGACCGUUCGCCCUGCGGGAAUGUGCUCUUCAGCGGGUACCUGCCUGCCCCAGUGUUCCCAGCGAAACGGCGGAACCGGCACAGUGUGGCAGGGCCCCAGCUAGCAGGUGGGCGACCAGCCCCGGUGCGGCGAAGCAACACGAUGCCCCCGAACCUGGGCAAUGCCGGGCUGCUGGGCCGCCUGCUGGAGGACAAGGCGCCAGGGUUCCCGGCAGGUGGACCGGGCGAGCCGGGCAUGGUGCGGCUGGUAUGCGGACAUCACAACUGGAUCGCUGUGGCCUACACCCAGUUCCUCGUCUGCUACAGGCUGAAAGAGACAUCGGGCUGGCAGCUGGUAUUCUCCAGCCCGCGGCUGGACUGGCCGAUUGAACGACUGGCACUGACGGCCCGGGUGCCAGGGGGUGCGCUGGGCGACCAUGACAAGAUGGUGGCAGCCGCGGCUGGAAAUGAGAUCCUGCUUUGGGCUCUUCAGGCCAACGGCAGUGGCAGUGAGAUCGGUGUGUUCCAGCUGGGGGUCCCGGUGGAGGCCCUGUUCUUCGUGGGGAACCAGCUCAUCGCCACCAGCCACAUGGGCUGCAUCGGCGUCUGGAACGCCGUUACCAAGCACUGGCAGGUGCAGGACGUCCAGCCCAUCACCAGCUAUGACGCCGCCGGCUCCUUCCUGCUCCUCGGUUGCGACAACGGGGCCAUCUACUACGUGGAUGUGCAGAAGUUUCCACUGCGGAUGAAGGACAAUGACCUGCUGGUGACAGAACUGUACCGUGAUCCGGGUGAAGAUGGCAUCACGGCCCUCAGUGUCUACCUCACCCCCAAGACCAGUGACAGUGGGAACUGGAUUGAGAUUGCGUACGGGACCAGCUCGGGAGGCGUGCGAGUCAUCGUGCAACACCCAGAGACCGUCGGCUCCGGGCCCCAGCUCUUCCAGACAUUCACCGUCCACCGCAGCCCUGUCACCAAGAUCAUGCUUAGCGAGAAACACCUGAUAUCUGUGUGCGCUGAUAAUAACCAUGUGCGGACGUGGUCGGUGACGCGGUUCCGGGGCAUGAUCUCCACGCAGCCUGGAUCCACGCCGCUCGCCUCCUUCAAGAUCUUGGCAUUGGAGGCGGCUGACGGGCUCGGAGGUUGCAGCGCCGGCAAUGACAUCGGGCCCUACGGGGAGCGGGAUGAUCAGCAGGUGUUUGUGCAGAAAGUGGUGCCCAACGCCAGCCAGCUCUUCGUCCGGCUUUCCUCCACUGGCCAGCGGAUCUGCGCCGUGAGCUCUGUGGACGACUCCCCAACCACGGCCUUCACCGUGCACGAGUGUGAGGGCUCCAGCCGCCUGGGCUCCCGGCCGCGCCGCUACCUGCUCACAGGCCAGGCCAACGGCAGCCUGGCCAUGUGGGACCUCACCACCGCCAUGGAGACCCUCGGACGCCAGCCAGCCGAGGGCCUGACUGAGGAGGAGCUGCUGAGGCAGCUGGAGCAGUGUGACUUGGCGUUGAGCCGCAGCCCGGCCCCCAGCCCCCUCCCCGCCUGGAGCCUCUCGCCCAGCCCGUCCCCCCGCGCCUCCCUCUGCAGCAUCCAGUCUCAGGGCAGCGACGUAUCCUGCGGGGGCCGUCGCGGAGGCCCAGCUCUACUCCCCCCGAGCCGGGACCCCCCGGCCCCCACCCCGCCUCCUGAGCGCCGGCGGCGGGGAGGCAGCUUCGUGGAACGGUGCCACGAGCUGGCCCGGGGAGCUGAGCCCCCAGACCCCCGCCGUCCCCCGACACCUGCCCCCAAGCCCUCCCCAGCCUUCAGGGCUCCCCUCUGCCCGCCGAAGCCUCAGCUCAAUGAGACUUCAUUCUGACCCCUGCCUCCUCCCUUUACCCCCCUCGCGGUGCCUUCGGCCGCUCCCCCGGCCACCUCGCUGCAGGGGGAGUGGGUCGUCAUGUCCCCCCAUCCUUCCCUGGAUUCAGGACCGGGAAUCCCUCAUCCCUUCAUGGAGCAGUUACUGUUACAGGACCCACCAUUCCAGAAGCCAAAGCCAGUCAAUAAAAAUAUUUGGCAUUCUCUG